AUGGUCUCAGGCUCAGCUAUCGCCACUUUGGUGGUUUUCAUCUUGUCCAUCAUCUGCGUCAUCUACCCCUUCUCGCUUCCGAUUUUUCUACCUUACCUGGGCCGUAAACGGAUCUAUAUCAACCUGACAACAGCACCCAUUCUCGCUAUCUUGGUUCUAUGGGCAGCACAAUGUCUGGGCCCUAGAAAUAUUAGAGAUGGGAUCGUCGGCACUGAUGGGGUGAAGCCGUAUAAUAUCCUCAUUCUGUUCUUUUCGCUCGCAUACAUGGCCAUUACCCUCGACAUAACCGGAGUCCUGCAGGCUGCCGCUUUCUGGGUCAGCAACAAGGGCGGAAACAACGGAUGGAAAUUGUUCCUAUACUUUUACAUGAUGUUAACCGCCCUGAGCGUCGUCUGA